CCAUCUUGGCCUGUUUGCCAGACUGUCCAGACCCAUCGCCUGCGCCCCCCAAGUCCAAGACACUACGCGCUACCUUCUUUAGGUUAGACACACCGACUCCACCUUGAACUUCCCCUCUUGUUGCUUGCACCGUGUCUGUCUCUCUGUCUGCCAUCGUCCCCUUUCUCCUGAGUCGCGCGCACUAUUCUGCCCCAAGACCACCACAACCGCCGUCGUCACCACCACCUCAAUCCGCCAAAACACUUCGGGCAGCACAGGUGGAGCCUCAUCUUUCACUGCUGAAGCAUUCUUUUGUUACUCCUUCUACCACGCCAUCCGAACCAUUGCGUCAAACUUGACAACGAGGACCGCCUUCACUCUCUACGCCCCCUUCUCGAAUGUAGACUGGCUCGGCGCCAUCCUAACCCGUCUCAGCCUCCGUCCGACAAGCUUACGAAUACUUACCCCAGCCUCCCCAACGCAUGAUUGAGGCAAUGGGAGUCGUCGCGCUUCCCUUCCUACCUUCGACAUCGGGCGCCCUUUUCCCCAUUGCAUAAUUUCUCCCAUGCUACAUCUUGUUUCUUGAUACCCCUUCCUGUCCCGCCCGCCUAACCGCCCGAUCAUCCGCCGCGCCCCCCUCCCUCGCUCCGUGCUUGGCCUGAAGGACCCCUCGAUCUGCCUCCCGAUCUCGACGAGCCGCAUCACGCCUUGUCCACCCAAAACAAAGUCUCCUCCACAAACCACGCCAACCCGCGCGUGCACAUACGCUGUCGCCAACGUUAACCGUUGCACUCCUUAUUCAAUCAUGGCUGGUGUCUUGAGUAAGCGCCAGCAGGCCCGCAACGAAAAGGUCCUACACGAUCUGGUUCAGUCAGUCCCAGGAAACAACUUUUGCGCCGACUGCCAGGCACGGAAUCCAGCAUGGGCCUCAUGGAGUCUGGGCGUGUUUCUUUGCAUGAGAUGUGCCGCCAUCCAUCGAAAGUUGGGCACGCACAUUUCCAAGGUGAAAUCCUUGAGCAUGGACAGCUGGUCUAACGAGCAAGUCGAGAAUAUGAAGAAGGUCGGCAACGUCAGAUCCAACCAGAUCUACAACCAAGACAACAAGAAGCCACCCGUCCCUGUCGAUGCUGACGAGGCCGACUCGGCCAUGGAACGUUUCAUUCGCACCAAAUACGUCAACAACAAGCCUGUUCCCGUGCGGAAACAACACUCCAGUCUCUCGGAUGAGGGGAUCCCACCGCCGUUACCACCCAAAUCGGGAGGCAAAUUUGGCUUCCGAUCCGCCUCGUCAAUCUUCCCCCUGUCGUCUCGCUUGAAGAAGGAUUCGUCAUUGCGCAGUACCAUGUCGAGCCCCAGAGACAUGCCUCGAAGCCCUUCGCCCACCGACCUCCCAAAUAAGCCCUCCAAGGUGUUCGGCGCGAGUGUUUCCUAUGAACAGGAAGACACAGAAAGGAAGCUGGUGAGCUUACGGGACAUGGGAUUCUCUGAUGGCCAGCGCAACGCCAUGGUGCUGAAGGGAGUGAGCGGAAACCUGGAGAGGGCCAUUGAGACCCUGGUGCGAUUAGGAGAAAGCGACAGGAGGUCGCCCUCUCUGACUGGACCGCGUGAGAGCUCGUUGCGCGGAUCGCGAUCGCAUGCGAAUCUGUCGACGUCCAGCGGCCUAUCUGCGCCACAGCCAACAUUUAGUGACCACACUCAGUCUCCUUCCACCGCCUCCAGCAACAACCCGUUCGACAUGCUGCCACCGCAGCCGCAGUCUUCGCAAUCGACCGGCACGCUACAGAACAAGAACCCAUACGCGAACAACCCCUUCGGAGCACCGACUCAGCAGCAACAAGACGUCAACCAGGCCUUCGGCAAUCUGUCGCUGGCGCCCGCCCAGCCCCUGUUCCCUCAUCACACCGGCGGUCUCCCGGCUUCGCAACCGUUCGCUCAGCCUCAGCAGAUGUACCACCAGUCGAUGACGCCGCCGGUACCGCAACAGCAACAGAGCUACAACCCUAUGAGCUUUAAUAAUAAUAAUAUGACGUAUCCUCAACCAAUCCAGCCGCAGGCGACAGGCUACAACCCGUUCUUCACGAAUCAGAUGCAGCCUCAGCUCCAACAGAACCUGGGUGUCAACACUGCCCCGACAUCGAGCCCAUUUGCCAACAACCCUUUCACGCGGUCUCCAACGCGGAUCCAGUCCCCCUCUCUAGGCCAAAUACCCGAGCAGUCGCAAACAAGCUUUUACACGGACUCGCCGCAAACGGCUUCACCACAAACCAGCAACCCGUUUUUUGCACAAAGGGGCUCCCAGCUGCCGCAAGCCCAGCAACAGAUGCCACAAGCACCACCGCAGCAGUCUUAUCAGCAGCAGUUCCAGCAAGAGCAAAAUCCGUUCCAGCAGCAGGGACAACAGCACUUUCAGCCACAGGGGCAGCAACAGUUCCAACAGGGGCAGCCGCUCUUCCAGCAACAAGAAACGGGGCAACAUCAAUAUCAAGCUCCAGCUUCUCAGCCAGCCUACCAGCAGCCUCAGCGACCUGACAAGGCCUCAAUCCUGGCCCUUUACAACUAUCCGCAAUUGGCUCCUCAGACUUUUGCCGCCCACGUCCAACCACAAGAAGCGGCGCAGACGGAAACCGCGGCGCCUCGGCAGCCGGACCACGACACAAAUGGACCGAUGCAGACGGCAGGGAACAAGAACCCGUUUUUGGCAAACGGUACGACAUCGCCUGCCGUGGCCCCGGUCCAAGGAAUCGGAACGGAGGUCGGUCCUCGCAAACCGGGCGUCAGCCGGGAGAGCAUGGCCUUCACGGACAUGCAAUGGACAAACGGUCGUCACAGUCCUGAUGCCUUUGCCAGCCUUAGCGCGAGGCACAUGUAAGCCCGGGGCGGGGGGGUGGUCCCUCAUAACCCUUCUUGUACAUAAAUGCGCUCUGUUUCGUUCUUUUCUUCUUUCGUUAAAUGUAAGAUAUCGCCGAUUCGAAGACGUUGCCAGUAUUCGCAUGUCUUGAUGUUU